CAGAAAAAGGACUGCUGUUUCAAGUCAUGCUUGGAAGUGCAACUGAGAACGGUUCAGUCAAGAUCUGUUUGUGAUUUGUAAUGAAAAUAAAUCUAUACCUUACAUUAAUGACCUUAAGUUAGUAGAUGUAUGUAGUGGGAAAGGCUUGCAUUAAUUAAAUGUUUUAGUAAAUAUCCUUUUUUUCAUCACUGUACUGCCACUUGCUAAUUUUAGGUGGUUGUGGAAGAUUGUAUGUACCCUAUGGGCUCGACAUGAAGACCUUUUUAUAAGACAUAAAUACAUUUUCAGAUCACUUCGGGAACAUUUCACAUCCACAAAUAUUAAAUGACUGGUCUUAAACUUUGCUUUUUUUACUCAUUAUUUCGAUUUAUCUUUGUUUUAUAGUUACAGAGUUAUGAACAAAUCGACGUAAUGACUAUUAAGACAUUAUACUAUACAUAUUAUACUAUCUUCAGUUGAAUUACUAGGUGAUGGCACGUUUCUGUGUAAAUAAAGCUUAAUUUAAAAAAACCGUUCUGGCAGACUUUUAUUGUGGAGGAGGUAUUCCGGUCAUGUGCCCACAACUCGACCAAUAGAAACGCCGAAAGGGUUAGUUUGCGGAAGUCAUUGAGCGAGCGUGUCGUCUUCGAAACGAACGAAAUAAUUGUAAAAGAAGUCGCUAUUUUUAACUUUUAGUAUAGUUUGUAGGUAAAACUAAAUCGUGUUCCGCAUGAUUAACGUCAGUAUUUCUUUCGUCUUUUCAGCUCCUCACACUUAUCUGCUGGUUAAGCUAACGUUACUAGUCAGUUAUGUCCAAAUCAACGAGGCUGGACUCGAAAGACGAUGAGUCCAAACGGCUGCCCAUCUAUCAGCACAAAGCCACACUGACUCGGGCUGUCAAAGAGAGCACGUUUCUGGUUGUCACCGGUGAGACUGGCAGCGGGAAAACCACACAACUUCCAAAGUACCUUCAUCGAGCAGGUUUUUGUAGAGAUGGCAAAAUUGGCAUCACUCAGCCCCGCCGGGUGGCUGCCAUCACGGUGGCCCAGAGGGUGGCCCAGGAGAUGCAGUGCACUCUGGGUAGAGAGGUUGGCUACCAAGUACGCUUCGAUGACUGCACAUCACAGAGCACGGUGGUGAAGUACAUGACCGACGGCUGUUUGCUCAGAGAGAUCCUAGCAGAUCCUGUACUCUCUCAGUACAGCGUUGUAAUCCUGGAUGAAGUCCACGAACGCAGCCUCAACACAGAUAUUCUCCUGGGUCUACUGAAGAAUAUGUUCUCCGACUCUGCGAAGCCCACCAAAGGCAGAUCUUUCCCUCUGAAGGUGGUGGUGAUGUCCGCCACCUUGGAAACUGACAAACUUUCGGCCUUUCUCAGCGACUGCCCCGUCUUUACUAUUCCUGGGAGGACUUUUCCUGUCACCAGCACAUUUGGUUUUGCUGUCGGACCUAAAGACAUAGAGAGCACUGGUUAUAUAAAAGAGGUGGUCAAAGUGGCCCUUGAUGUGCACACCAGUGAAAUGGCUGGGGACAUUCUGGUGUUUUUGACAGGUCAGGCAGAGAUUGAGCGGGCGUGUGACUUGUUGUAUGAAAAAGCUGAGUCUGUAGACUACCGCUACGAUGUGGAGGACCAAACCGUGGAGGGCCUCCUCAUUCUGCCUCUUUAUGGAUCCAUGCCCACAGAUCAACAGAGGCAGAUCUUUCAGCCCCCACCUUCAGGAAUAAGGAAGUGUGUCGUGGCCACUAACAUUGCAGCAACAUCUCUCACCAUCAAUGGCAUAAAGUACAUCAUAGACAGCGGGUUUGUGAAGCAACUCAACCACAACUCAAGAGUGGGCAUGGAUAUCUUGGAGGUGGUGCCGAUUUCAAAGAGCGAGUCUGAGCAGAGAGCAGGCCGAGCUGGAAGAACCUCAGCUGGGAAAUGCUUUCGAAUCUACACCAAGGAAUUCUGGGAGAAGAGCAUGCCGGAAUAUACCGUUCCAGAAAUCCAGAGGACGAGUCUGACUGCAGUGAUACUCACUCUCAAGUGCCUGGGUGUUCAUGAUGUCAUUAGGUUUCCCUAUCUGGACUGUCCAGAGGAAAGGUUUAUUCUUGAGGCUUUAAAACAGCUCUACCAAUUUGAUGCCAUCGACAGGAGAGGAAGAGUGACCCAGCUGGGGGAGCUGAUGGUGGAGUUCCCCCUCCACCCGGGCCUCACCCGGGCCGUGCUCAAAGCCGCCUCGCUCGGCUGUGAGGACCUGCUGCUCCCCGUAGCCGCCAUGCUGUCUGUAGAGAACAUUUUCAUCCGGCCAGGCCACCCUGAGAAGCAGAAAGAAGCGGAUAAACAGCACAGAGCGCUGGCUGCCAAGAGCGGCAGUAUGAACGACUUCGCCACUCUCCUCAGCGUGUUUCAGUUGUGUAAAUCCAGCGACAGACCCUCAGCGUGGUGUAAAGAUCAUUGGAUCCACUGGAGGGCGCUGAAGUCGGCCUUUAGUGUGGAGACUCAGUUGCGAGAGAUCCUCCUUCGCCUCCAACAGAAGAGAGAUUUCCCUGUCGACACAUUUGAUGGCAAUAAGAGUGAACUCUUCAGACGAUGUCUGUGCAUGGGAUACUUCACCAAUGUUGCCAGAAGGUCUAUUGGAAAGGUGUUUUGCACAAUGGAUGGCCAUGGAUCCAUGGUUCACAUUCAUCCAUCCUCAUCGCUGUUUGACCAGGAGGCUGAGCUGAACUGGGUCAUCUUCCACGAUGUGCUGGUGACCUCACGGGUGUACGUCAGGACCGCGUGUCCUAUUCGAUAUGAGUGGGUGAAGGACUUACUACCUAAACUACAUGAGGUGGACGUCUAUGAGCUGAGCAGCGUGGCAAGAGAAGAAGUGAUGGAUGAGGAGAUGGUGAAAUGGGAGACCAGGGAAGCAGCCAAAAGACAACCAGAGGUCUCUACUGAGGACGUCGUGAAGAAGCUGGAGAAGCGCAACAACGAGACGACCGUCGGCGACGCUCGUGCUCGCUACCUGCAACGAAAGCAACAAAGACAACAGAAUAAAGCUCUUUGACAGAAAGCGCUUGCUUUUGAGGGACAUGGUUCACGCAAACGUAUCACAUAAGGAGCAUUUGGAAACAAUUUCUGAACAAUAAAUAUUUGUUACAUUUAUAAUGAAAAUAA